AUGUCUUUCGAAAAAAUGUCCACAGACAAAAAGAUCAAGAAACCCUUCAUGAAAUUCGACCCAGUUCCUCAACCACACUUCAUUCCUGGAUACACUGGGUUCUGCCCGGAUCUUCCUCGAACUGUUGGGGCUAGUUUCGGAAGGGUCACUAAUGAAAUUCUCAAAACGCAGCCUCGAAUGGCUGGCCGAUUACAACCUAUUUCCACAGAGAUGUCUCAUCCAGCCAGUGUCGCUGAAAAAAGUAACCGGAAUCUCGAAUCAGAAAAAAGUCUCAUCAACAGUCGAUUUCCUAAAGACGGUAGAAGAAUUCUCAAUGAUUACAUUCCAGUUGGUUACGGUGGACAUGUACCUCAUAACACAGAACCGGUUGGUGUCAGUUUUACUAAGGGAUGUGUGUCUUCUGUAGCACAGUUUGUUCGAGAUCAAGCAGAAGUUAGAAGCGACGAUCAAUAA